CACACACUCACGCACACACACGCGAGCACACACAGAGAAGUAAAAAUAUUCAGGACGCUUCUGCAGCAGUGUUGGAAUAACCGCACGGUGAACUGUAACCCUGGAAGACGGGCUUUAUUGUUCUAUAGAAAGCUGUACCCUGGGAGUUGAAAUGAUAAUACAAGAAGCACUUUGAACGGAUUUGGAAGUGAAGUCUGAGGAGACGCAUUGCAAGAAUGCGCCGCCCCUGCAAAAUAUUUACAACUGUACCAAAUUUGAUUCUUUAAACCAAGUGUAGGUGCUUUGGAAAAAGAAAUAUCAAUCUUUAUUAGGAAAGAGGAUGGCUUCAAUUCGCCUACAAUACAGUGGUACAAAGAGAGCCUGAGAAAGAAAAUGUGUUCGGGAUCUGGGUACUAAAAUGAAUCAUAACAAUAACAAUAAGACUGAAGAAACUUAAUGCACAAAAUGGAAGUAAAGAUUCAAGCAAAAAACAUAUAAGGGAGCUGUGUUUUUAUAGUAAAGAUGAAUUAAACAUCGAAUAACGCUGCCCCGGGAACUGAAGAUUGUAUAUGUUUGAAGGUCUCCACUGGGAGUGAACUGGCGGCCGUUGUUGCAGCUGGGUUUUAACGUUGUGAUCUGUCCAUGGUCCUGAAAGCGCGAGCAUGGUUGAGACGCUAAGUAUAGCAGUGAUUGGAGACCCGGGAGUAGGGAAAACUUCCAUUAUCCGACAGUUUCUUUAUAAUGACUUCACUGAGGUCUACACUCCGACCAACUCAAGGUAUGUGUACCGACCCUCAGUGAUUUUGAAUGGUAACAUGUUCGAUUUGAAGAUUAUGGAGGUCCCGCCUAUUUCGUCCUUCCCCGCCAGCACCAGCCAGGAGUGGCUGGAUCUGCGUUGCCAUGGAGUCCGGACUGCCAGUGCCUACAUCCUGGUGUAUGACAUCUGCUGCAUGGAGAGUUUUGAGUACAUAAAAAUGAUUCGGCAGCAGAUUGUAGACAACAGGGCGAGCAGCAGUGGCGAGGCCCCCAUCCUGGUGGUGGGCAGCAAGCGGGACCUGCAGAGGCAGCGCUUCACCUCACGCAGGGCCGUCUCCUUGCUGGUCAAGAAGACCUGGAAGUGUGGCUACAUCGAGUGCUCAGCCAAGUAUAACUGGCACAUCACCCUGCUCUUCAAAGAGCUGCUGGCCAGUGCUGUAGCACGCAGGCUUAAGCACAACCACUCCUCCAUUCGCCUGCAGGGGGCGCUGCACAGAAACCGCUGCAGCAUCAUGUGACUGAGGGGCAGGACCAAGCAAGGAGCAAUACAAAAACUGGAGAAUUCCUCCCAGCAGCUGGAGGAUGCUGUAGAAAGAACUCUUGCUGCGUAUGCAGUCUUUAUUUCAGUUGACAGGAUCUCCCAAUUCCAUGUAUAUUCUUUUCUAUUCAAAUUUUGUUUUACACCAGGAUACAUCAAAAGUGUGGCGACUAAAGUUUCUUCCUUUAAUAAGCUUCUAUAUCCAUUCCAUAUCUUCACUUCCUUCCUUGUUGUUCAGUUCCACUUUUCAUUCCUUUUAACAACUCUGAAACAUGUGUGAAAUUACUGAAUCCUUCACAACAGUAGAGUUUCUAAACCACUUUCUGCAAUCCACAAACAUAACUGCUGUAUGUCAUGCGUUUGUGUGAAGUCAUGUGCACUAAAGUGUGGUUGCCGGUUGAGGCAAUGCAGUAUCUGGGAAAACUGUUGUAUGUUUUAGUUAAUCGCUUCCGUCAUUCAUUGAUGGAUGGGGUUGCAACAGCAGAAACUCAAGCCGCAAAAAAAAAACCUAGCUUCACACGCAAAGGUUUAGCAUAACAUUGACCUUGCCAUGAAUAUAUUGCAGUUAGCAGAACGUGGUACAUAAAUUCUAUGAAUUAAUAUCAUGAACACUAUACUCCCAGUUCAACGGACUAGCUCAGAAAUGUCUUUUUCAAAGAAAAUGUGCAGGGAUAAAUAUUUGUAGGUAGCGUUUGUGACUUAUUUUGAAUUCUAUGUUAGUUGUAUUUGUUCUUGGUAAGUAUUGAACUGAAUAUAUUGUAUUUUAAUGCAUGCACGGACCGUGUAAGAGAUCAAGUCAAAACUCAAAGUCCUAAAGUCUAUCCGUCCUAAACCCAGUACUGCUUAUUAAUAACCAGCCCCUUGCUGCUGUGUCAUUAAAAUGAUUAGCUGCCAGCAAUCAGGCUGAUGUUAAAUCUCCUCUGAACUGGAUAAAGUUCAAGUCCUAGACCCUGAUUAGCACUAAAUAAUCUCUGACUAAUAUUACCUUAAGAAAGUAGUUUAAGAUUAGUGCUUAUCAAGGUCUGUGCACCCAGCCACUGAAGACCUCUUUACUGAUUGGAUGUCCUAAACUAACCCUUGUAUGAUAAUUGCAAUCGUUCUGUGUAGUUCUGAGUAUCUUUGCUCAGAUAUUGAUUUUUUGGGGGGCAAUGCUUUGAAAUGGUUUGAGCCCAGCUCUUUUAUGAAGUGGCCACAUUCAUUUCUCAUUCCAGUUAGUGAUUGAGGAAUAUCUUUAGUCUGACCUCUCACUGAACGAUCAUUGCUUAUUGAAAGUACAGUAAUAAUAUUAUUGGAGUAAUAAUAUUAGAGUCACGUAACACUACAAAUAGCCACCGAAAUUCACUCGCUGGAACAGGGAAAAGAAAUUAGUGCCAGCAACUUCAAUAAGGUACUGGGCUUUUCAAAACAGUUUAUAUGAACAAUAAAAAUCAGUAUUUUACAGACAACAUUCAGAACUACUGAGAAUGAUUGGAAAAAGGAUAGAAUGUCAUUAUUACUCUUUACAAAUUCUCAGUACAGGUAAGCACGUCAUAGAUGGGUUCUGGGGUCUGAAGAUAUUAAACUUCUGACCCAUCAAUUCCUUUGUCCCAAUAUUGGUUUUGACUUUGUGUUUUUUUUUUUCUUCUUUGAAAUGUACAAUGCAAUAUUGAUCUUGUCUGUUUAUUGCAAAAAGUUUCUAUAUAUUCUUUAAACUAAAAGGGCUUCUCUUUUCUAACGGACAAGAUAGGUUUUUUUUAAGAUUUGGAAUUAAACUAUUGUCUUUGAAGUUAAUAAAUAAUACAAUUGUUAGAAUACUGUGUUUUGCUCUUUUUUUCAUUAUUUAACAUGGGUUCGACUGUAUGGUUUGUGAAGGGUUGUGUUUGUGAAACUGCAGUAAUACAGUUUUUAUGGUAUUUUCUACACAAACGUUGUACAUAUUAAGAAAUGAAUGCUGUUGUAUAAAACUGUUUGUAAUAAGCUUGUGAUCCCAAAAAUCCCCCAAAUCCCAACUAUAUAA